GAUGGUUGGAUUUUUCAUUGGAUGUACGCAGUACUGGAAUCUUCCACACCUACUGACUACAGUUCGUUUAAUAAAUGUUUUAUUUUUAAAGAGGUACAUUUGCACAAUUUGAUUUCCGCCCAGUCAUUUUUAUCGCGCUUGUCCUCACUCCGGCAUGGCUGAGGUGGAUAUCUGGGCGAGAUGGUGGGGUAGACCCUUGAAUCGGUCGCCGUCGGCGCAUGCAAACCACACAGAAAGGCGAGGGCCCGGAUUCACGCCCACAACCUCAGAGCUACCACACUUGACGCAAAGUGAAACUCGACUCGUCCAACAUGGCCGGCCAGGAAGAUCCAGUGCAGCGAGAAAUUCACCAAGAUUGGGCCAACCGGGAGUACAUCGAAGUAAUUACGAGCAGCAUCAAGAAAAUUACCGACUUCCUUAACUCUUUCGACAUGUCAUGUCGAUCCCGUUUGGCUACCCUCAAUGAGAAGUUGACUGCCUUGGAGAGGAGAAUUGAAUACAUUGAGGCAAGAGUGACAAAAGGAGAGACCUUGACUUAAGUCUCAGCAUGGAAAAUUGCAGCAACCUGAUGAUAUCUUCCCAUUUCCAAGUGGCCCACUUAAUAUUUUGGAGUUUGCGUGAUCAAUUCCAUCAUCCUUUUUGAUGCUCAUUUUAAAAUUGUAUCACUAGUUUUGCCCGUUUUAUCCGGUGCCACCACUGAGUGUCUGUUGCUUGGGCGUGGCAUUUUAAAGAAAGAAAACAAAACAACGGAAAACUUUGGUUUUAACAAUUUGUGGACUUUGGUUCUUGUGUGAUAACAGAAAGUCUCGGACCACUUUUGUUUCUACCAUGUCACUUACACAGCACAGAAUUGAUGAGUGGGGACCAUCCUCUUGUGCCAAGUUGAACGAGUCUUGUUGUGUCGUCUUUAAUAAGGACUUUGUGUACAGUGUACUCUUUGUUCAUGUGUCAACAUUUGAAUACUGUAAUAAAAUAUGAGAAAAACAUUGUGGAAAAAGAAAGCAGUGUAGAUGUGUAUAUAAAUAUUUUUUGUGAGGUG